CGACCACGAACCACAGGUAGACCUGCGAGCAAUAAUCCAGAUGGCGCUGGAGCUUCAUGUAUGGGGUCCAGCCUUUGGAUUGCCCUCGAUUGACCCUGAGUGCAUCGCAACUGUGACAUAUUGCCAACAGGUCAUUCCACAAGAACAAUGGAGCCUCGUCGCAAGCUACGACAGGUCAGUUGGCUUGACGGAGAGCCUACCAAUACUUUUCGAUGGCGGAAUCGCGACGGCAACGGGAUAUGAAGACAUUGUCUCUUAUCUGCGCAAUCACCCUGCAGUUAGCAACGACCUCGAUGCCAACCUGAGCACCCAGCAGCAGAACGACCGGACCGCAUACUCGACUCUCCUGCGAUCGACAGCUACUCCUCUCAUUGAUUUGUCACUGUUCGUCUCCGCCGAGAACUACAACACAAUCACAUCCUCUGCAUACACAGCGAUCCUGCCAUGGUAUGCCAACUACACUGUCCCGCCUAAACGUCGAAAGCUUGCAAGGACACGGACAGCGCACAUGGGUUUGGACAGCUUGGAUGUGGAUACGAGGACUGAAGAAGUGUCAGGCCCAGGCCGAGGCACAGCGUCCGCGGAGUUUGAGGCUGCAAAACGAGCAGCUGGGUUGCCCACCGAAAGCAAGCCGAGCACCAUGAGCAUAGGCCGUGGCAAGGGCUUCGGAGGGCUCCUGGGGACCCAGACAUACGCUGCGAAGUUUAGGCUGGAUGCUGUGUCGAACGACAUGCUGGCGCCAUUGUCAGACUUGCUGGGGAACCAUGAGUACCUGCUGGGCACAUCGCAACCUUCAAGUCUCGACUGCUUGGCGUUUGGCUACCUGGCAUUGAUGCUGUUCCCUGCCGUGCCACAGGCGUGGCUUAAAGAGACAAUAUCCACGAAGUUCCCAAGGCUUGCAGCAUACGUUCAGAUGCUACGUAAAGAUGUCCUUACCGAACGAGACAUAAGUUCGGCUCAAGUCUGGGCCAUUACCACCGGACGAGCAUCUUCAGCAACAGAGCAGUCACAAUGCACCCUUCUGCCAUGGGCGACGAGGUCACAAAGCUUCACAUCCAGUACAGUCACCGGUGUUCAGGAAAUCAUUGGGAGCAUCCCGGUCGUCUCGUCCCUCAUGAAACGAGAGCUUUCAGUUAAGCCAGCACCAUCAUCGAGCCGCAUCAGGUCCGAGCUGCCUUCGCCGGUAUUUGUCAACACCCUGCUUGGCUUGACGGCCGCAGUCGCAGUAGGGUUUGCGUCCUUUGCUUUUCAGCAUCGCCGGUCACCUCGGGAGGGCGAGCUGAUAUUCUGGGCAUUGCGGCCAAGUGUUGGACUCGGAGAUGCUGGCAACAUCUUUAACGUCUUAGGUCAGCUGCCCAGUGGAUCUUUCUCUCAGUUUUGAUCUGCAUAGCAAUUUCCAUCGCGAGGCGCAACCCAUCCAGAUACCCCACCUGUACAACAGAAUGUAUGAUCUUGGCUGGCUGCCUGUCAGGCACCAAGCAACCGCGGAAGCAACAUGCCAUUGACUGGAUGAGACGUGUGUGCCGCAACUCUGUGAUGUGAGACAUGAGAUUUAGGUGGCGCGCUGGUGCUCCGAAAACGUCACAGGAACCAAACACCAGACGCAUUGACAGCUAGUUCUCCUAAGCGUGCCAAUGCGCUGAUACGCG